UUGACAGUUGUUUGUCAAACAGGUAUGAUUCAUGUUUAUAAUUAAUUGUGAAAUCAGUGAAAACAAAAGUUGAAAAUGUUUUCGAGUGCCCCAAAUUACACAAAAUUGAAAACCAAUUUGCGUCUAGUUAUCGCCAGACUUAAACUAUUAGAAAAGAAGAAGACAGAGUUGACGGAAAAGUCACGCAGGGAAAUUGCCGAUUUUAUUGCUGCUGGAAAAAUCGAACGGGCUAAAAUACGGGUCGAAUACAUAAUUAGAGAGGAUUACUUAGUUGAGGCUAUGGAAAUUGUAGAAAUGUACUGUGAUUUACUCUUAGCUCGUUUUGGCUUAAUUACAAACAUGAAAGAACUAGACGAAGGAAUUGCUGAAGCCGUUUCUAGCUUAAUUUGGGUAGCACCUAGGCUACAAUCUGAUUGUCAAGAAUUAAAAAUAAUUGCUGACCUUUUAACGGCAAAAUACGGUCAGAAUUAUGCUGAAGCAUGCCGCAUUGAAUCAAUGGAAACCAUAAGUGAGAAGCUUAAACACAAACUUUCAAUUCAAAGUCCCGCUAAACUUCUAGUUGAAAAAUAUGUAAUAGAAAUAGCAAAAUCAUACAAUGUCCCAUAUGAACCUGACCCUCAAGUAAUGGAAUUAGAAAAAGGAAAAGAUGCACUUUUAAUUGAUUUAUCUGACAAGAAUAAUCUUGGUGGGGGCAGUGGUGGCUAUCCAGCCCCCUUUGGGUUUCUGGGGUACCCACAACCACCCCCGCUGCCUGCUAUGACUAUGAUGGACACGCCACCAGCGGCACCUUUUCAUUAUCCGCCCUCUAAAGAUCAAAAUUGGAACGCCCCAAGUGAUCCAAGCGCUCCUCCACCAGCAUUUUCUUACAACAUUCCUCCAGGCGAUGAAGGGAAGGAGUCCAACACUGAUUUUAUGGGUAGUUUACCGACUUAUAGCAUGGUCUGUCCUCGUAAUAACCUCCAGGACAGCAAAGUUCCACCUGAUGAUAAUUUACAGAACAACGAUGAGCCACAAAAACCAACUCCACAGCAAAAAUUAAACAGUUAUAAUCUUCCUGAAUUGCCUUCGGUUCCGUCUAAUGGGCCUCCGUCGCCUAACGCAUCUGAUGAUAUCGAUUUUGAUGAUUUGACAAGGAGAUUUAAUGAGUUGAAAAAGAAGUAUUAAGUUAUUAGUGAUGGGUUAAUUAGCUGCAUAUUACACUCAACUAACAAUAAACUUGUUUUAUAAUAUGAAUACAUAUAAACUUUAUUAAAUUAUAAAUAUUUACAAUUCUACAAAUAAAGCGUCUAUUUUAGCUUUA